AUGCCCUGUCGAAUCGUCACCAGGGGCUUCCCACGCCAAACAGGAACCCUGCUAGAGCAAAGAUGCGAGGCGGAAGCCAGUUACGACCAUAUCCGAAAGCGACUUCUCCUUGAACCCCGAGGACAUGCAGACAUGUUUGGUGCUGUUUUGAGACCACACACUGAGUCUACAGUGUCUGGGGAGGCUCAUAUGGGUGUGUUCUAUAUUCACAGGGCGGGUUACAGCAAGAUGUGUGGCCAUGCCACGCUCGCUGUUAGCAGGGCCCUCAUCGACAUACAUGACCCUGAGAUAUUCCCCCAGAGACACCUUGUCAAGAACGAUCCAGUCACACAAACUUCUACAAUCAUUCUCCACACACUUGGCGGCCUUGUCAAGGCAACUGUCCCUACUACUGCCGACGGCCAACGGUCAGACCCAUCGCGUCCCGUCACCUUUGUCGCAGUCCCAUCUUUCGCCAUCGCGACGGACCUCAACGUGGCCGUCCCUCCAGAGUAUCGGUGGCCGGAGCUUGGCAGCCGAGCCAGCGUCAACGUGUCUCUUGCAUAUUGCAGCGCCUUUAGCUGCCAGACUCAAUUGCACGAACUAGGCUUUCCACCACAGACAUUCCAAGGCGGGCCUAUUCCAUUUCAAGACCUGAAAUACGCCGUGUCACAGCUUAAAAAGGCUUUGGGAGAGCCAAGGUAUCAAAAGUACUUUGAGAACCCUUCAACUGGUGAAUCUGGGUCCUGUUUCGGUGUCCUGAUUGCAGAUAAAGGAUUGGGUCAACGCAGCAAGGGAUCCGAAGGCGUAGAGACGGGACUCUAUAUCUUUGGCGAUGGAGUCCUCGACCGAUCCCCAACCGGGAGUGUCUCCGCCGCAAGAAACGCCGUUGCAUUUGCCAAGGGUGAACUUGGUCCUGGACAGUCGUGGACUUAUCACAGCCUCUUGUCCAACACUCUCAAGAGGAAGGAGGGAUUCACUGCUACGGUGAUACACGGGGAGGGGAGAAGAGAGAUUGAGGAGGGAGGGUAUGCUGCGGGGCCGGUGGUAGUGGCAGUACAGGGCUCUGCGUAUUAUAUCGGUUUUCACACCUUUGUGGUCGAAGAUGAGGAUCCGCUGGGCAGUGGAGGGUUCACAUACGGACAGAUAUCCAACUGA